GAUUUCAUUUCAUCUGAGUUUUCGGAGAACAGACGCAGCCAUGAAGCUAUAUUUAAUUUUUGCAAUAUUUUGUUGUUCAAUUCCGAACAUUUUCGCACCAUUUGCCGGUUAUUUACCGCAAGGAUUUCAGAGUACAUGGCAAAGCGUUCAGGAUACAUACUUGAUACCGGGGGCGAUGCGCUUGAUGACCGGUUACACAGCGGUGAAGAGAUACUAUGACGGGGAACCAGCUGAAAAAAUUCUCAAAGACAUAGGCGCCGAUGCUUUCCUGAAAAAUAUUCCAAAUGGGCAAGCAAUUUUAGUGGGAAUUCAAGUUACUGAUGACAUUCGAAAUGGAAAAGAUCCUAUAAAAAUUUUCAAUGAAGUAGGUAGAGAUGCUUUCAUCAAAUACAUUCCGAAUGGUGAAGCUAUUGCGAAUGCAAUCGCAACGACAAUUGAAAUAGGACAAUGUUAUAAGAACGGAACAAGCAAACAAGCAAUGAUGAAGAAAUAUGGCCAACCAGUUCUGGAUAAAUACGCUAACAGGGAAAUGUUGGGAGAUCUUAUGAAACAAGCGCUCAAUAUAAUGCCAGCUUCUAUUACUGCUGCUAUAACUCCAACUCCGAAGGUUGUUCCAAAGAUUGCUCCCAAAGUUGCUUCAAAGAUUACUGCGAAAGUUACUCCGAAAGUUGCUUCUUUAAAAAGCAAAACUGGGAAGAAAUAACACCCAAAAGCAGAAAUAAGGAUGUGAAUUUUGUUGAAGCCAACAAAGCUUACCAUUAGACUAACAUUGAAGGCUUUGAAUCCAAAAACAUCCAAAAGCCACAUUUACUUUCACUUGCAAUUUUUCUAUUAAAUCUUAAAAUGCAUGGAAUAAAUCUAUUUUGAAUGCUAAA